AUGAUCAACAAAUUUGUUAUCUCAUUAUCAAAAUCCUUCUCCAUUCCAUAUUCUUAUGUAUCAAGUCAACCUAUUGGUAGAGGUUCAUACAAAGAAACAUAUCUUUACUUAUACAAAUCAAACAAAUGGAAGGUAUUAGAUAAUUAUGUAAUUAAAAAGUUUUGUGACAAAUUUUUAAGAGCACCUUAUGUCAUCCGAUUUCAAAAUUUAAAAGAGCCUCAUAUUAGAAUUACUCUUGUUGGAUGUCAUAUACGUCCAGGUAAUGCAUAUGAAGAAAUAAAGGCAUUAGUGAAUAAUGUAUAUGCAGAUAUUAAAUCGAGAUUAGAGAAAAAAGAUAGUUUUUUAUUUAAUUUAUUAUAUUGUUUUAGAAGUUCAUGUAUCAAUUUAAAUGUUUUAAAUGAACCUAUAAUUUUAAUAGGUGAUUUCAACACUUCGGGUUCUUACCUUAAUAAGAAUAAGCAAAAAACUCUUGACAAUAUAUUAUAUAACAAUAAUUUGAUGUGGGGAAUUGAUCAUUCUAGUGAUACCACAGUUGCCACCAAAUGCAAUGCUUAUGAUCAAUUUAUAUUUGAAAUUAAAAAUAAGGAAAGAUGA